AAUGCAUCAAGUCAGCCCUCAGUUACCAGUAGUGUUGUUGGUGCUACUGGAUCUCGGACAAAAGAAGAUCCUGCUUGGGGCUAUGCUGAGGAAAUUCGCACUGAAGAUGGAAAGACGUGGAUCAAGUGCAAAUUGUAUGGUCAUUUGAUAAAAGGAAGUGGAAUUCAUCGAGUGAAGAAGAAUUUGGCUGGAGAAAGGGGUAAUGUUGCAGCUUGCAAGGCCGUUACUCAUGAUGUUCGUGCGAGGUUCAAAGCUCUACUUGCAUCUUCCGGUAAGCGAAAACCCGCUGAAAAAGAUAAUGAUGUUGCUUCUGGGGAGCAAGAUAGUACAAGUGUUGUGCGGCAAGUGACUAGUGCACCAUCUCAGCCUAAUUUCUUUGCACCAAGAACAACUCCAGGAGCCCAACCUGGCAUUCGAAGUGCUUUAGCUGGAAGAGAUGCAAAGAAGAAUGCUGAUCUCAUAGUGGCUAAAUGGUUUUACCAUGCAAAACUCCCUUUCAAUGCUGCACACUCUGAGUUUUAUCAGAUGUCAUAUGAUGCAGUUGCUGCAAUUGGACCUGGAUAUAAGAUUGUGCGUCCUGGAGCUACUCGAUUUGCUACUAGUUUCAUUUGCUUGAGAAGCAUUUAUGAGCAUAGGUCAUUGUUGGAACAGCUUGUUACAAGUAAUUUCUUUGCAUCUCACAAAUUGGGGAAAAGUGCAGAAGGGAAGCAUAUCAAGUCUAUUGUGUUGGAUAACAACUUUUGGCAAGAGUGUUUGGUAAUGGUCAAGUUGACAAUACCAAUUGUGAAAUUGUUGAGGAUUGUUGAUUCUGAUGAGCAGCCAUCUUUGGGAUAUGUUCAUGAUGGAAUGAUUAGGAUUAAGAAGACUAUCAAGAAUACUUUUUUGGGUAAUGGAGCAGGGGCUGAUGUGUAUAUGAGGUUGAUUGAUGCGAGGUGGGAGAAGCAUCUUCAGCGUAACAUUUAUGGAGUUGCAUAUUUCUUGAAUCCAGUUUUUCAGUAUACCGAGGAAGGUCGAGCUGAGCGUGGAGUUCAAGGUUGUCUUAUCGACUUCCUUGAAACUGAUGGGUUAUGUAGUGAUGUUAAUGAAGCUAUUCAAGAGAUUAGACUUUAUAGAGAUAGGUUGGGGAGUUUCGGGAAGAAAUCAGCUAUCGCUUGUGCUACCACUUUACCACCAGGUAAUCAAUUAUAGUGCUUAAAGAAAGAGUGGAAGAAAGAUCCAAUUGAUUAUGAGCAAUUAGACAAGAUUGAGUUUUGGAUUGUGGAAGAAGAUCCACCUGCAGAUAUAGACUAUGAGGAGAUUGAAAGAGCUCUUUAUGAGGAGAUGGAAGAUGAAUCAUCCUCCUCCUCCUCCUCAAGAAAGCGAUCUCGUGUUGAAGAGGACUUUGAUGAUGAUGUGACUGAUGAAAUUGAUUUCGACAUUUCUCAAAUUGUUGAAGCAAUGGACAUGGAGAUGGAUGCUUUUAUCUUUGAAGAUAUUUGA